CCUUUCUUUCUCAUUCUAUUAUUCAACAUCAAAACACACAAAAACAUUAGUGUAAAAAUGGCUUCCAACAAGCUUAGUGCACUAAUUAUAUUGUUUUCUCUUCUUGCUUAUUCAACAUUUUCUCAUGCUUGUGGUACAUGCAAACCAACUCCAAAACCUAAGCCUAGCCCUCCACCACCUACACCUUGUCCUCCACCACCACCAAAAACACCUAAGGCUAGUCCACCACCACAUUCAACAACACCUAAACCUAGUCCUCCACCCAAGGCUACUACUCCACCUAAGGCUAGUACCCCACCUCCUUCAACAACACAAAAAUGUCCUAGGGACACAUUAAAACUAGGUGUUUGUGCUAAUCUUUUAGGACUUGGUAAUAUUAUUGUUGGAAGUCCUGCUUCAAGCAAGUGUUGUGCAUUGAUUCAAGGUUUGGCUGAUUUGGAUGCAGCACUUUGUCUUUGUACUGCUAUUAAGGCUAAUGUUCUUGGUAUCAAUUUGAAUGUUCCUAUCACAUUAAGUCUCUUACUUAGUGCUUGUGAAAAAUCCGUUCCUUCUGGUUUCCAAUGUUCUUAGAAUUUGAUCAUGUCAAAAGUACUUCAAAGCCAUAUGCUUAUUAGUACUUAUGUUUCUACAAGGGUCACGGGUACUUAAUUUUAUUUCAGUUAUUGUUUGUGUGCACAAUUGGAAUUACAAUGACUUUAACGAAAUUAUAGGGAUACUAUGAUUUUGUUGGAGUUACAAUUUACAAAGUGUGACUUUUGACAAAAUCGAAGUGUGUCAAUGUGAUUUUGCUAAAUUCAUACAUUAAUUGAAAAUAUGCACUAUAUUUAUUUAUGCGUGAGAUGUGUGUGUAAUUUUAAUAAUGGGGUAAGCCUGUUUGCCUCAUUUAGCAACUUGUUCUUUAAAUUUUAAUAAAUUUGGUGACCUUUCAUUUCA